AUGCCCAUCUCUACAAGUAGCACAUUGAAAUCAAAUAUUUCCCAUUCAUUGCCGCUUGAAGAACGAAGUUUGCCUCGUCGUCCUGAUCAUGAAGUUACAAAAAUAGCUGCCGCUGCAUAUAUUGAUUGA